AUGCGACGGCUCCGUGCCAGCUUAAAGAGCUGUGCCCCUGCUGAAUCGCUUCUAAUCCCAAGUGCAUCCCGCUCUUACUCACGUGCCGCCGCCGCCGCCGCCGGUACGCCUCGACGAAGGAAGAUGGGCGACAACACCUCCGGGCAUGACUACACUAAGUGGACCAAGGACGGGCUGAUAGAGCGUCUGCGCCGUGUUGAGGCCGAGCUCCAGAAACAUCUGCCGAUAUCAGAACAGCAGCAGCCGAAGGAAGUGGUGGCAAGUGCACCUGCUGCCGCCGCCGCCCCUGCCCCUGCCCCUGCCCCCAAGAAGCGCAAGGAGACGGCCAAGCUUGACCCGGCCAACUACAACACGCGCUAUAUUGUUCUCAAGCUUGCCUACCUGGGGAAGAACUAUGGCGGCUUCGAGUACUCUGCCAGUGGCAUCCUGCCCUCGGUGGAGGAGGAGCUCUUCAAGGCCCUGACGCGCGCGUGCCUGAUCUUCCCUGAGGACCAGAAUGCCGUCGAUUUCAGCACGUGCGAGUACUCCAAGUGCGGGAGGACGGACCGGGGUGUGAGUGCCUUUGGCCAGGUAAUUGGUAUACGGGUGCGGAGUGCCAAGCCGGUACCCGGUAGGAUGAAGCGCAAGAAGAAGGAGAGGAAGGAGGAUGAGGGUGAAGUAGCAGCAGCAGCAGCAGCAGCAGCAGUAGGGCCUCAACCUAAGACUACGGAGGAGGAGGCCAAGGCCAGGGAGCCCCCGCCAUUCGACCCCAUCGCAGACGAGCUAGAGUACCCCAAGAUCCUCAACCGUCUACUACCCCGGGAUAUUCGCGUGCUGGCGUGGUGCCCGACCCCGCCGGCCGACUUCUCGGCGCGCUUCUCCUGCCGUGAGAGGGAGUACCGUUACUUCUUCACGCAGCCUGCCUUCAACCCCCCCAUCGGGCCCGCGGCGGCCGACCAACCCCACACGGGGUGGCUCGAUAUUGAUGCUAUGCGCGACGCCGCGUCGCGCUUCGAGGGCGAUCAGGACUUUCAAAACUUCUGCAAGAUUGACCCGGCCAAGAACAUCACCACAUACCGUCGAGGCAUUCUCGAGUCCAACAUUUAUGAGGCCGAGGGAAUGGGCACGACGAUGCCCCAUCUUCUACCCGACACGGCAGUCGCGCCCCCUGAUGGCUCCCCAUACCCAAAGGUGUACUACUUCCGCGUGAGGGGCACGGCCUUCCUGUGGCACCAGAUUCGCCACAUGGUCUCCGUUCUGUUUCACGUAGGGCAGGGCCUCGAAAAGCCCGACAUCGUCACCCGUCUUCUCGAUACGAAGGCUAACCCCCGCCGGCCGACGUACACCAUGGCCGACGAGGUGCCUCUUGUCCUGUGGGACUGCGUCUUCCGUGACGACCAAGGCCGUGACUUAGACUGGAUCUACGUCGACGGCAGAAACACCUCGGCCUUUGACACAACCGAGUCGCUGUGGCGGCUGUGGCGAGAGGUAAAGAUGGACGAGAUUCUUGCCAGCGGUUUGCUGCGUCUAGUCGCCCAAGGGGUCAGCGCGGCAAGGAAAGAGACAAGCGAUGUGCAGCAGCAGCAGCAGCAUCAGCAGGGCGAGACAAGGGGCAAGAAGAAGAGGGCCGGUCUAGGCGGCGAGUACUCAAUCAAACGCUUCGAGGGUGGCAAUGGCGCCCGCGCGGUGGGCAAGUACCUCCCCAUUAUGGUCAUGAAGCUCAUGGACUCGCCGCAGGAGCAGAAUGACCGGUACGCACAGCGCAAAGGGUUUUCCAGUCACGCCGAAUUGAUGAAGGAGAGGAUGGCCAAAUUUGAAAAGAUGGAAGAGGGGGGAUAA